AUGACGUUUCCCUUGUUGAUAGCUCUCUUGCGUCGUGACUAUGAUUUCCGGACCAGAAAGCAAGAGAAGCAUCAUACAGGUCCAAGUCCGAUGAAGGAGUUAAAUUUUCCCAUGAUUGACGGUUUCCCACCAGAUUACAUGCAUAGCGUGUGUCUUGGUUUGGUGCGGAAUUUUCUCAUCUUACUCAGAGCUAUGCCAAUUGGACACAAGGCUAGGCUUUCUUUGGAGUCCUGGAAUCUGCUGAAUGAUAACAUUGAGCAACAGAGUUUGGCUCUGAGUGUUGAUUUCCCCCGAAAAUGUCGAGGUGUCGUAGACCUGGAUAGGUGGAAGGCAUCUGAGCUACGACAGUUUCUUCUGUACAUAGCACCCGUUGUUUUACGAGAUAUCUUACAUCCGGACGUUUACGAAUGUUUCAUCCAUUUAUUCUACAACAUACACCUCUUCUCCCAUUUAUUCAAUUUUGUCAAGCUUUGUAGUUGCUUAGAUCGGUUUUCCUGUUUUCCCUAUGAAUCGGAGCUGGGGCAUUUGAAGCAUUACAUACACGGGCCAAAACCACCCGCUGUUCAGCUUUACCGCCGACUGGCCGAGCGUGUGAGAUUGGAUGCUGUUGAAAGGAAGAUAUUUUUGGAUUAUGGAUGUCGUUUUCUCGAAAACUUUCCCGACAACUGCAUUUUGCUUGAUGGUAAACCAGUUGUCAUUGUAGAUUUUUUUGGAGAUACUAUUGAGUACCAGAAACCCAAAACUCUUCUGCCGUUUUACACUCACGUAUUGGCAUUGACAGACGUUUUAGUUUUUCAAUGCUCCGACUUGCAACACACUCGGCUGUUUGCAUCAGUCGACCAAAUAUCUUGUAAAUGCUUAAGUUUUUUACUGCAGAAACACUCGGGUACUCUACCAAAAUGUCCACUCAAGUCGUGCACGUACAAAAUGUACCGGCAAUGCAGUAGGUUUUCAGUUAAAAAUGUUCUAGAAACUUUUCCGGAUGCACUGAGUGCUCAGCAAUCCUUGACUCAGGCAUACCUCCUCUGCGGAGCAGAACCGAUGAACGUACGUCAAUCCAGGCGCAAACAGUAUGUUUAUCAAUCGUAUUACGAUGGUUGCAGUACAAAGAAACGGCUGUCGUCUGAUUUUACAGACAGAUCUGAUCGUGAUUCCAGUGGUGACCACUUUGUUUGCAAACAUAGUCAUAAGCCCACCAAAUCCAAAAAGACUGACGUGCCACGCGUCCCUGGUGAUGCUUCUAUGAUAUGUGGAAUGUACUUUUUAUUUCAUUACCACCAUCUAAAAUCUAUCAGCAGUUCCACGUAUACAACACUUCCCGCCGUGGGCGAUCCAGAACCAUGCAGUUCUACUCCGAUCCUCAGAACCAACCCUCCAAAUUCAAAAGCCAGCGUAAUUUCCCCGGACCUGUCCCACCUCAUUCUCAACGCUUCAGUACCCACCAGCAGUUCUGAGGCACUCAACGAGCCCCCUCUUCCGCUUUCAUCCACGGAUGAUCUCCGUAAGUAUGAAGGACAUCUAAGAGAUGGUCCACGCUAUGCAUGGCUGGAGGCUGGCGAUGUACGAGUGUACGUAACCAACGUACUUACGCGGACGUCGGCACCAAGGCUAGCCGCACUACUCGACUGGCGCGGAAUAAAUGAAAAAGAAGCCUUCGGGUCAACCAGGCUGGCCCAAGGACUUAUUUACUCGAAAACUGAGAAGUUUCCGAACACAAAUCUGCGACAAAUGAGGGAAAUCGUUCACUGCUGGCUGGAGAACGAACGGCAGAAAGUUCGGAAACGCCUGCAGAGAGCCACCAAGAGUGACAAAUGA